AUGUCCUCUGCACUCGUUGGCAAGACUGUCAGCCCCUUUCUCAAGGAACACAUCCCCGGCCUUUACGCUCCCAUCGGCAAAAGCAGGCAACUUGUCGGCGCCAACCCGAACUCUGCCCCGACCGUCCGGAAGAGAGACCCGAACAGCAAGUUUUGCUACCGCCAUCGCCCCGAUUCCAAGUGCCGCCGCGCCGCCGACGAGACUAAGAUGGGAUUCAUUCAGAGUGAACUCAACAGCCUGUCGACAGCCGAUCAAGAAGCCAUCACCCACGUGUGGUCGAUCUUCUCUGCCGCCCCCUCCAAGCAUCGCGAGUUGAUGUUGCAGGGAAUCAUCACUCAAUGCUGCUUCCCACAGCUCUCGACUGUGUCGCGCGAGGUGCAUGAGCAGCUCAAGAUCGACUUCCUCGCCGCCCUUCCCAACGAACUCUCAUACAAGAUCCUUUGCUCUCUCGACACCGUAUCGCUCUGCAAGGCUGCCCAAGUCAGCCGACGAUGGCGAAGCCUCGCUGAUGACGAUGUUGUGUGGCAUCGCAUGUGCGAACAACAUAUCGACCGCAAGUGCACCAAGUGUGGCUGGGGACUCCCCCUCCUGGAGCGAAAGAAGUUGAUGGCCUGGAACCGCCAUCAACAAGGUCAUCAACAAGAUCACCAACAGCAGCCUCCCGCCGCCGUGGUCGAGAUCGACGAAAUCCCCGAGUCCGAGUCCGGUUUGGCAGUUCAGAAGCGACACUCCCACGACGAUACCGACGAAGACCGACCUGCAAAGCGACCACGCGUCAAUGGAUCUUCCAGUUCGCGGCAGCAGCUGGACAAGGAGCGCAAAUUCCGACCGUGGAAGGAUGUAUACAGGGAUAGAUUCAAGGUGGGGUACAACUGGAAGACGGGUCGAUGCUCGAUCAAGACGUUCAAGGGUCAUGAGAAUGGCGUCACUUGUCUGCAGUUCGACGACAACAUCAUGGCUACCGGCUCUUACGACACGACCAUCAGAAUCUGGAACAUCGAGACGGGCGAGGUCAUGCGCACGCUGCGUGGUCACACGUCAGCUGUGCGAUGUCUUCAGUUUGACGACUCCAAGUUGAUCAGUGGCAGCUUCGACAAGACCAUCAAGAUCUGGAAUUGGCAGACUGGGGAGUGCUUGAGCACACUCCAGUGCCAUACCGAAGGCGUGCUUUCCGUCCAUUUUGACGGUUGCACGUUGGCAUCUGGGUCAAUUGACAAGACAGUCAAGAUCUUCAGCUUCGACACGAAACAGACAUUCUGCCUACGGGGUCACACUGACUGGGUCAACCAUGUGCGCAUCGACUCGCCAUCGCGGGUGGUCUUCUCGGCAUCCGACGACCUGUCUGUCAAGCUCUGGGAUCUGGACUCGAAGCAAUGCAUCAAGACGUUCCUGGGUCAUGUGGGACAGGUGCAGCAGGUCCUCCUGAUGCCGGCAGACUUUGAACCGGAUGAGGUGCCACCUGAUGCCGACAAUAGCGAUGCGGUGUCAGUAUCAAGCGGCCGCAGCACAACCCCAGUGGCGCCGGAGCAGCCCAUUGAUGACCGAGCCGCGUAUGGGUCGGGCUUCGCAUCAGACCCCUCCCGACCACUGCCUCCACGAUACAUGCUCACCGGCGGACUGGACAACACGGUCCGUCUCUGGGACACGGCCACUGGCAAGUGCAUCCGCAGCAUGUUCGGACACGUUGAGGGUAUCUGGGGCCUGGUCGGCGACACUCUGCGAGUCGUGACCGGCGCCAACGACUCGAUGACCAAGAUCUGGGAACCGAGAUCCGGGAAGUGCGAGCGCAGCUUCACUGGCCAUGCUGGCCCCGUCACCUGCGUCGGUCUGAGUGAUAGCCGCAUGGCGAGUGGCAGCGAAGACGGCGAGGUGCGACUGUACAGUUUUGAAGGCGAGCGAGUGGAAGAACGAGGAACACCCUCGUAG